CUGAAGCAGCAGCAGCAGCAGCAGCCACAACUAUAGCGAUAGACGAAGCCAGAAGAUCAAAUCCAUAAUAUUGUACGGCCAAUGCCGAGACGAGUUAUCAACAUCCGUAGAAAAGAAAUGAAAAAAAUAGGAAAAAAUAGCCAAACGGUGCUCAAAUGGUGAUUUCUUCCUGCCAGCGGCCAGCGGAUAUCCGUGCGGAUUUUAUACCAACAACAACUAUAGAAACAACAACAACAAUUGUGGCAGCAACAACAACAACAACAACAAGUUGUGCAAUUAGAGCAAAGCUGCUCAAUAAACUAGAAGAGGCUGGCAAAUUGAUGCUACCAAAGCGAUCGGAAAAUCCAAGCAUGUACAUAACAACCCUAAAACGAAGGCUACCCUUGAACCAGUAACUUUGUUGUCAUUACCAGACCCAAAAACCUAAACCCCUAACAAUCUGACUUUCCCUGUGAGCAAGUGCACUCAGUCAAGCCGCCAAUCAAACCACCAAGCAACCAACCAAUCAAUCAAUCAAUCAAUCAAUCAAUCACUCGAUCAAUCGAGCAAGAGAACAAGGAACAAUCUGAGGAACAACACCAUCCGGUUGCGGCCACGUGAGCGACUUAAUGAGAGUUAUGAGAGAGAAAGACCACUCACCAAGAAAGAUGCUUCCUAGCCCGAAACAGGGCUGCGUAUACCCUGCCUUAGGAUUAGUGCCCACAUCGUAUAUAUCACACGUACCUUAUGAGCUGGCCUCCUCGCUGGCGGCCACCACCUCCUCCUCAUCCUCAUCGUCCUCGUCCUCGCCAACGACGACGGCGGCAGCGGCGGCGGUGGCGGGUGGCAGGCUCUCCAGCCAGCUGCAUCAUCACCAUCACACCCACAAUAGCCACCAUCACCACCAGCUGAGCCACCAUGCCAAGGGCAAGCGGAGGAGCAGCUUUGACCAGCCGCUGGACCUGCGACUGGCCCACAAGAGGAAGACGGAGCCGACGGGUCCGCUGGAGGAUGAGAACAGUAACCUGAUUGUGUUCAAGGAGAAGGAGCUGAAGGAGCUGAACAACAACCAUAUAGCCGCCUCGCUGGCCGAUCUGGGCUUCGAUAUGAGCCGGAAGAUGCUGAGGGCACUGCGCGAGGGUGCUCCUCCAGUGGUUCCUGCUGUAGUUCCUCCGGUUGUACCCGGCACAGGACCAGGUCCCGCCUCGUUACCCGCCGUUCAUCCCACGCUGCUGGAGGCCAUGACCAAGAAUCUGCCGCUGCAGUAUCGCAACGUCUUCGCCGGGGUGACCAGUCCGGGUGCAGGAGCGACGGCAACGGGGGCAAGUUCGAGUCCCACCGGUCCGGACUUUCCCUUUCGUCAUCCGCUGAAGAAGUGCGAGCUCACCUGGCCGCCGCCCACAGAGCAACUGUUGCAGGUGCAGGUGGAGCUGCCGCAUCCGAAUCCGAAGCUAACCCAGCAGCAUCCCCAGUUGCAGGACUAUCAGACGCGAAGGAAAAACAAGGCCAGAGCCAGUGCUGCCCCAGGAGGAGCCCCAGGCACCACGAAUCCCAAUCUGCCGCAGCGGAACAAGGAUCGGUAUACGUGCAAGUUCUGCGGGAAGGUAUUCCCGCGCUCUGCGAAUCUCACGCGACACCUGAGGACGCACACCGGCGAGCAGCCGUACAAGUGCAAAUACUGCGAACGUUCCUUCAGCAUCUCCUCCAAUCUGCAGCGCCACGUGCGGAAUAUCCACAACAAGGAGCGACCCUUCAAGUGCGAGAUCUGCGAGCGAUGCUUUGGCCAGCAGACCAACCUGGACAGGCACCUCAAGAAGCACGAGUCGGACGCGGUGUCGCUGAGUGCUCUGUCCGGGGUGAGCGAGAGGAUGCAUUGCAUUCGCCGCUUCUGCGAGAAUCCCUCCGAGGAGUCCUAUUUCGAGGAGAUACGCAGCUUCAUGGGCAAGGUCACGCAGCAGCAGCAGCAGCAACAGGAGCGGGAACAGGAGCAGCAGGAGCAGGAGCAGGAGCUGGACCGGGAGCGGGAGCGGGAUCAGGAGCAACGUCAGUCAACGGCAACAUCGGCGGCCAGUUCGUGUUCCUCGCCCACCUCCUCGCAGACGGAGGAGGCCACGCCCACGCCCUGCCAAGAGGAGGAGGACUCGCAGCCCAUUCAGGAGCUCAAGAAGACGCUGGCCUCCAAGCUGUUUCCACCAAAAGAAGAAGUCGCCGUCAAGGCCGAGGAACUUUAACUUUAAGAUUCAGCCACCAGCCACUUCCACCACCAAGCAUCCUAAGCCAGAGAGGAGAGAGGAGAUCUAAA